AUGACUGCGCACAUUGUAACAAAUCCCGCGAACUUGAGCACUGCAGAGUUCCUGAAGGACCGCUCUUCCUCGUCUUCUGACAGCCUGGCGACGGGCAUAGGCGAAUCUCUGGUUCAGAAUAUGCGUCGGGGGUACCAUGUCCACUGUCUGUUCGCUACAGGCAGUGAGCGGAGGAGCAUCUUUAACGCAAAGGAGCGGCGGGUGGUGUUCCUUGUAUUGAUGAUGCGCCAAGCUGUCAUGGACAAGGUUUUUGGAAGCUUUUUGGGGGUCAGAGGCAGCGGUGGCGCUAUUGCCGUUGCCACUGCAGCCACAAUUGCUAGCGCCAUAAGCUCACCCAUCGUAGAUGGCGGACUUCCAUCCCGCGUCCGUCCUGACACGGUGAACUCCCGCAAUUGCCCCUCACUGGUGGUACACAUCACUAUGGCGGCAAAGGUCGUGCUCGGACCAUCCUCCUUAACCACCGUCGGCGUGUCCCCCAUUGCCUGCCAGAUGGUAUCGCGGACUCGUGCAUCUGUGGCUGUAGAAGUGCUCUCUCCAAACAUUCGCGCGGUGAGCCCGAGUCGUCCGGUUGACCUCACGGUAUGCUUCCAACACGGCGCCUUAGGCGUUGGUCUAAACGCAGCAUUCAUUGUGGCUGCCUCCGUGCGCCUGAGAAAUCUUCAAAGGGCGCCGCGUUUUGAAUCAGCCGUAUUUUCCUUUACCUCGCUUACAGUCAAGCUGAUUUUAGCCGGAGUUGCUCUGUUGGUAUCCACGGUACAGCUGUUUUCCCUGUUUGGUAUGUACCAUCAACUGGAUGUUUUUGUCAUUUCACUCGCACUGCAGACCGCUACAAUGGGCUUGGCCCUGCAUUUGCAUUACAGAGAGCAUCUGUUUGAUUGCGCUGCUUCUACUCCAUUGCUUCUGUUCUGGCUGGGCACUAUUAUUCUGGGGCUGGUUCGUCUACGCACGUUUGUGGCCACUGGUCUUAUUGGCGACAACUCGAGUCUCGUUAUUGGAACUUUUGUGCACUUAUUGGCUGCACUGGGCACGUUUGCCAUGGAGUGCCGGACCAAGCCCAACGGAAUUUACAUUAUGUCAGAUGAUUGCGACAACGACAACAAUGAUGGUAUUGGAGGGCGUGGGUUUCGAACACCUGAGAAGCGCGCAAAUAUAUUCUCGCGAAUGGUGUUUGCCUGGAUGACACCGCUGCUCAAGACAGGAUAUCGCAGACCGCUGAAAAUGGACGAUCUUUUCGGACUCGACACUGAGUACUAUCCAGCUUGGAUGCUCGCCGGUCUGACUGAUUUGCUGGCAAACCUUGUAUCCCUGCUCAACCCGAUCCUGCUCUCGCGCCUGAUUGGAUUCGUCAGCAAGUACGGCAGCGCAGAGGCUGAGCCUAUCGAGUACGGAUACUUUUACGCUUUCUCCGUGUUUUUUGUAUCUGCCUUGCAGUCACAGAUCCUGUCCGUAUGUUGGGCCCAGAGUCAGCGCAUCAAAUGCCAGAUGCAGUCCGGGUUUUCUGCAGUUCUUUACCACAAAUCAAUCAAGCUGUCGAAUGAAAGCCGGCAAAAGUACGAUAUGGGCGGAGUUGUCAUGCACAUGACAGUCGACGCGAAGCGUAUUCUGAACUUUGUCGGGAAUCACAUGCUCGCCGGAGUCGCCAUUAUGCUGAUCAGCAUCGCAACAUCGUCUGGUCUUAGCCGCAGAAUGCAGUCAUUGAAUACGCUACUGAUGGGGUAUCGCGACCAGCGCAUGAAGAUUAUGGAUGAGGUGCUGUCGGGAAUCAAGACCAUCAAGCUGUACACCUGGGAGACCUCGUUCAUCCGCCGCAUUAAUGACGUGCGCGUGCGCCUUGAGUUGUCCAUUAUUCGUCGUUAUGGCGCCGCCCAGGCCACCUUCUCCUUUGUUGUCACGCUGAUUCCGUUUGCCGUGUCCUUCUCGACAUUUGGUCUGUACAGUCUGGCCGACAACAAGUCUCAUAGCCCUCUGACUCCGCAGCUGGUUUUUGUGUCGCUGACACUGUUCAACAUGCUGCGAACUGAACUUUCCCACGGCCCAUCUCUAAUUCCGGGUUUGCUCGAGGCUAUCGUGUCACACCGCCGCAUAUUUGACUUUUUGACCGCCGGCGAAAUCGACUUCGAGGCCGUCGACCACGGCCCUUACGACCGUGACGCGCCGGAUGCGUCCAGGGACAACGUGCUGGUCAGCGUCAAGGGCGGCACAUUCAGGUGGCUGUCUGCCGACGCGCAGCCGACGCUCAGAGAUAUCAUGAUUGAAUGCAAGCGCAGCGAGCUCGUCGCAGUGAUUGGCAGAGUUGGCUCGGGCAAGUCAUCGCUGGCAUCAGCGAUUCUCGGCGAGAUGGUUAAGAGCGCCGGUAGCGUGACUUUGUGUGGCAGCGUCGCUUAUGUGCCGCAGCAGCCAUGGAUCAUGGACGCGACCCUGCGCGAUAAUAUCUUGUUUGGCCACCGUUUCGAGCAAGAAUUCUACGACAAGGUCAUCAAUGCCUGCGCGCUGGGCCCCGAUCUCGAAAUGCUGCCGGGUGGCGACACAACCGAGAUCGGCGAAAAGGGCAUCAACCUGUCUGGCGGCCAAAAGGCACGAGUGUCGCUGGCGCGCGCUGUGUACUCGCGAGCGGACGUGUACAUUCUCGACGAUCCGCUGGCUGCUGUUGACGCACAUGUGGGCAAGCACAUAUUCACUCAUGUGCUGGGCCCGCAGGGCCUGCUCAAGACGCACGCGCGCAUACUGGUCACCAACGCGGUCCAGUAUCUGUCCAAUACCGAUCAGAUCGUCAUGCUCAGUGCUGGCGUCAUUGUCGACCGCGGGCCCUUUGCUCGCGUCAUUGCUAACCGGGGCGAAAUCUACGAGUUUGUGCACAAGUACAUCGAGGGCAAGGGCAGCUCGUCGUCCAGCAGCGGCGAGAGCGGCAACGCGUCGGACACAGAGUACUACGAGGACGAGGCCAUACAGAACGAGCAGGAUGGCAUGCCUGAGCCGCUGGGCGUCAGUAUUUUCCGCAAAUCAACCAAGCAGACGUUCGGCCGCGCCAGCAUCAGCACUAUCCACGAGGCUGUGGCCCGCCGCAGGGUGUGCGGCAAUGGUAGCAAUACCCCACAGGAUACGACAGCCGGUGCGCUGGUCACGGCCAACAACACUGGCCGCACGAUGACCACCGAGGUCAGCCGCCAGGGGAAGGUCGAGUGGGAUAUAUACUGCAUCUACGCCAAGGCCUGCGGCAUGCGCAAUGUGGCUAUGUUUGGAGUUGCCAUACUCUUGGGAUCAGCGAGCAACGUUUUGACCAACAUGUGGCUCAAGCAUUGGGCGUCGUCAAACACGGAAGGCAAAGACAGUGCAUUAAUUAGGCUUGGCACAGAUUCUGGGCACUCAGUGUUUUACUACCUGCUAAUCUAUGGCGCCUUGGGUUUUUUGGGAGCGCUGGUGAACCUAGUCCGGUCGCUGGUUCUGUGGACGCGCUGCUCAGUCAAAGCAUCGGAGAAUGUUCACAGACACAUGUUGCUUGGCGUCCUGCGCUCGCCUGUGUCAUUCUUUGACGUAACGCCGCUGGGACGCAUUAUUAACCGCUUUUCGUCAGAUUUGAGAGAAUGUGAUGAGGCAUUGCCGCGUGCAAUAUCAGAGUUGGUACACACGGUGGCAAAUGUGCUAUCGGCAAUUUUGGUCAUUUUGUUUACAAUGCCAUUCAUGCUGGUAAUCGUAAUACCACUGGCCUUUGCCUACCGCUAUCUACAGCAGCUCUACCUUUUCAGCAGCCGCGAGGUGCGCCGCCUUGACUCGACCACCCGUAGCCCCGUCAUUUCGCAUUUUCAAGACUCUGUUGGUGGCAUCUCAACCAUUCGCACUUACAGCCAGCAGUCGCGCUUCAUCGCUGAAAAUAAUAAUCACUUGGAGAUAAAUAUGCGCUCGUUAUACACAUAUUUUGCAAUUAACCGCUGGCUGUUUAUUCGUUUGGAGAUCCUAUGCAAUGUGGUAAUACUAGGAACAACGACGCUCGCCAUUGUGUCGCUCCAGUACUACGGAUAUGGCGAUGCCGGCCUUGUUGGGCUUUCAAUUAUGUAUGCGUUGGAUGUCACAAGCUCGCUAAAUUGGUCGGUCAGGAAUUACACUGAGAUUGAAAAUUCAAUGAUUCAGCUCGAGCGCGUGGUUGAGUAUGCAUGCUUGCCAUCUGAGGCGUCUGUGGUCAUUGAGGACAACUGCAUGGUCGAGUUCAAAAAUUAUUCGACCAGGUACCGCGAGGGACUCGACUUGGUUCUCCGCGACCUGUCUUUCUGCGUGCUGCCCAAGCAAAAGGUUGGCAUUGUGGGCCGCACAGGAGCCGGCAAAUCAUCGCUGACUCUGGCACUGUUCCGGAUUAUCGAAGCCGCCGGCGGCCAGAUUUUGAUUGACGGCGAGGACAUUGCCCAGUACGGUCUGUAUGACGUGCGUAGCAAACUGUCGAUUAUUCCGCAGGACCCUGUGCUGUUUGCCGGCACGGUUCGCGAGAACCUUGAUCCCUUUAACAGCUACUCGGACCAGGAGAUCUGGUGCGCACUCGAGCACGCGCACCUGGGCGACUUUAACUUUAGCGUCGGCCAGCGCCAGCUCAUUUGCCUUGGGCGUGCACUGCUCAAGCGUGCCAAUUUGCUUGUGCUCGACGAGGCCACGGCGGCAAUCGACAACUCAACUGAUUCAAUUAUCCAGGAAUCCAUUCGCAAGGAAUUCAAUGACUGCAUUGUGCUGACCAUUGCACACAGGCUCACCACAAUCAUAGACAGCGACAUGAUCUUGGUUAUUGAUGACGGCAAGCUCGCCGAGUACAACACGCCAGGAAACCUGCUGGCUGACAAGACUACAUACCUAAUCGAAGAGACACCAGACAAACCGGGCAACAAAACAGAGAUAGCAAACAUCGAUCUUAUCAAAUCAGUCAACUUUGCGCACUUGGUCCGGACUGUGUUUGUCAUAGCGACCAACGAGAUGUGUCUCGGAGACGAGUAUGUGGAUAAACAGAACGUGCUGCUUAGCGAUGAGUCGCUUAAUGGACUGGCACUAGAAAAUCCCUCGUUUGCUGAUUAUUUUGCGGCGACUAUGCCCAACAUGGACAGCAUUAGCUUUAACAUAAACCCCCGCAUGCCGUUCAAGUCGGCGCUCCCACAGAUAAAGCUCCUGAGACGCCAGCAACUGUCGAGUCACAGCACGCCAUUGUCAUCCUACCAGGCGAUAGAUUCCAUAGAGCAAAGCAACUCGACACUCAACGCGUUUGUCAGCUACCGGACAAAAGAUGAUAUUUCCAAAAGUGAGCCCCAGAACGGGCCGCUGAAGGGCUGGCCGGUAGGAAUCAAGGCCAAUAUAGCCAUGACAACAGCUUCAACAACGUGCGCAUCGAAAGUGCUCGAAGGAUACACAUCCCCAUUCAAGGCAACUGCAGUUGAGGCACUGGAGAAGGCAGGGGCAGUCAUUGUCGGAAAGACCAACAUGGAUGAGUUUGGGAUGGGAUCGAAGAAUCUAUACAGCAAAUACGGGCCCGCUCGCAACCCGUUCCGGCCAGAUGAUACGGUGGGCACUGAAAACUACGAUUACUCGCCUGGAGGAAGUAGUGGUGGUAGUGGGGCAGCUGUUGCCGCUGGUAUGUGCCGAGUGGCUCUUGGAUCGGACACGGGCGGAUCAGUGCGCUUGCCAGGAGCAUGGUGCGGAAUAGUCGGGUACAAGCCCACGUAUGGCCGCAUAUCGCGCUACGGCCUUGUUCCAUAUGGAAGCUCUCUGGACACCGUGGGCAUCAUGGCCCGCACCGUAGAGGAUGUGCUUACCACUUUUAAGGCCAUUUGCAUCCCCGAUCAUCGCGAUAUGACUUGCAUGUCGGAAUCCCUGCGCAAGCGAAUCAGCGAUAUGGCGAAAUCACGGCCCUGGGUUAAUAAGCUUUACGAACUCAGUCCUGGUCAGUCUCUCGAGAUCAAGCAGCCGUUGAAGGGCAUGCGCAUUGGUAUUCCGCGCGAAUGCUGGGUGGAGGAGCUUUCGGAGCCAGCACUCGAGUCGUGGAAGGCUGGCGCUCGUAGAUUGGCCGAUCUCGGGUGCGAAAUAGUCGCAGUUUCUUUGCCGCAUCUCCCUUACUCGCUGCCUACGUACUACACUAUAGCUUUGGCCGAGGCGUCUUCGAACUUGGCGCGCUACGACGGAAUCCGCUACGGUCGGCGGUCGAGCGAGAAGCCAGAUGAUUUACACAACUGCAAUGCGUCAAACAAGUAUGCAAACACGAGAAGCGAAGGGUUUGGCAUUGAAGUCCAGCGCCGUAUUCUGCUGGGCACUUACGUGUUGAGCGCACAAACAUGCGAGCAGUACUACAUUCCUUCACAAAAGAUUCGCCGCUUGAUCCAGCAGGAUUUUGAUUCGGUGUUUGCGCUUCCCAAUGCUUUGCACGCAGAGUCUGCAUCGGCAAAGAGCAGACUGCUGACUAAUCGCCCGGCUGGUGUUGAUGCGCUGCUGUUUCCAACUUCAACAAACACUGCAAGGCUUCUGGAGAGCAAGGAGAAGAACCAAGCUGCCGGUUAUGUCAACGAUGUGAUGACAGUGCCGGCCAACUUGGCUGGAAUUCCCGCAAUUUCAGUCCCUGCUGGCGAAAAGAAUGGCAUGCCACUUGGGCUUCAACUGUCGGCGCAAUACGGUGAUGACGAGCUGCUUCUGUGGAUAGCAAGCCAUCUUCAGCAGUAA